UUAGGAAUUUAAUUUGUAUUAAUGAAUACGAUACUCAGACAACACGUUAUUGUUGAAUAAUUAUUAUUGAAUUCUAUUAAAAAAUAAUAAAACUUAAAAAAAAUCCACAUGGUUAUCUAUGAUGUUCCCAACAGCUGACUUUAUUUAGGGCGCUUUGAACCUUUUGGGUAGUUAAGAAAUGCUAACAGUGGGUACAUGUGAUUGCUGUAUACUUCCUAUAUUAUUGGAAGACAGGAGUCUUUUUCAAAUGAAAUAUGGAUUUUUAUUUGUGCAGAUAAAAUGAGGAAGUUAGACUCUUCCAAUCACCAUCACUUCCUGUUCUGAAAGUAGUACAGUACAUUUAACUCAUAUGGAUUAAUGGAAUGUCUGAAACCUGCCCAUUAGAACAUACUGUACUGUCCUUGGAAAUUUCAAAGAAAGUAAUAACUCUCUUUAAAGACUUCCAACCAGUUGAUCGUGUUUUUUGUACUGUAUUAUGCCUCUGGCAAAAUAAGCAUGACUCUGGAUAGUCUCACAACUAUUAGCCAUUAUGUCCAUCUGCAUCACGUAUGGUAUCCUACAAUUAUGUCCCAUUCUGGCACUGCUGAGCCAAGGCUCUUCUCAGAUUUUGCAUUAUCUUUGAAUACCUCCUUGCAAAAUGAAGGCCAUUCUUUUCCACUGACCCAGCUGUGGACAAUCUUUUAUGUUUGUCUCCAUAUUUGAUUGCAAAAGUUUGCAAUGGCGCACAUUUUUGUUUGUUUUAUCCCAUGUGCCUGUGGCUGCACUAUGUGUGGCGUAUGUGGAGGUAUAAUUGAAAAAGAGUUGGAAGGCACCUUGGAGGUCUUCUAGUCCAACCCCUGAUCAAGAAGAAAAUACUAUACACAGACCCACGUAUACUUUUAACAGACAUGCACAUACACACGUAUGCAAAUAGAGGUAAGCGUGUGUUUAUGCAUGUAUGUAUAGAGGCAAAUAGAGGUAAGCAUGUGUGUUUAUGCAUGUAUGUAUAGAUGCUUCUUUAUGCUAGCCCAGAAUGUCCCUCUCUCAGCCCAACCCACCUCGCAGGGUCGUUGUAGGGAAAAAAAUAAAGCUGCGAUACAAAUAAACGGGAAUACUGUAGGGCGCCAUCUCCCUGCCCGCUUGGCAGCACCGCCUACAGGGGGCGCCAGAGGGCGACGUGGCCCAUUCGGCGAAAAGAUCCCCGCCCUCUAAAUCUUCGGGGCUGCCGUUUGUUUUGCCUUCCCGCCCAAACCGCUCCGUCGCGACCCAAGGAUCCGGCGCCCUUCUUGCCCACGAGCCCCGAGGGAAGAGGCAGGCAGGCAGAGCCCGUCCCGGUGCCGGCCACCCUCCCAGGCCCGCGGGGGUAGGCCGGGGCGUGACGUCACGGCCCCUCCCCGCGCCUUGACUGAGCGCCGCCGCCCGAGCGGGCCGUCGGCAUUUAAAAUUAGCGCCCAGCGUUUCUUCCCAUGGUGCCCCGCGCGGGCGCUUCUCCCGCUCCCUCCUCCCUUCGAUCGGGUCCGGCGGCCGCGGCUGCCGGGCUCGCGCAGGCGCACCGCGCGCCCCGUCCGCCAUUUUGUGUCCGAGGCGACUGUGGAGCGAUUAAACCGCGAGCUGGUGCUGGGCGCUGGCGGUGGCCGCUAGCGGCGGGGCAGCGGCAGCGGGCGCUUGGCGGAGCCCAACGGGGCGGGGCCCGGGGCAGCAGGGCCGGCCCGGAGGCUCCUCCGGGGCAGGUUCCAGCUGAAAACAAAAGGAAUCGUAGGCUGAUUUUAUGGGAUAACCAGACCAGGAUACAAUGCCUGUGGCCAAACAAGUCAUACCAGAAUAAGAAAAGAAAUUAUCUUGGGAGGAAAAAGGAAAACAAAGAAGAUUGUUUAUGUGACUGAUGUGCCACAAUGGAAGGUGACAUGGAAGCGGACGCAGUUGAAGCUAUCGGGGAGGAAACUUUCAUCAAAGGCAAAGAGCGGAAGACCUACCAGAGACGCCGGGAAGGCGGGCCGGAAGAAGACGCUUGCCCGAUGCCGCCCAACCAAGUAGACGGGACGGAGGUCGUGCAGGAGGUUAACGCUGGCGUUCAGAUGGUCAUGAUGGAACAGCUUGAUCCAACGCUGCUUCAAAUGAAGACCGAGGUCAUAGAAGGCGCCGUGCCACCAGAUGCCGAAGCCACCGUGGACGACACCCAAAUUAUCACCCUGCAGGUUGUGAACAUGGAAGAGCAGCCGAUCAACCUGGGCGAACUCCAGCUCGUUCAAGUGCCCGUCCCGGUCUCGGUCCCCGUGGCCACCACUUCUGUGGAAGAACUUCAGGGGGCCUACGAGAACGAGGUCUCCAAGGGUGGCCUCCAGGAGGGGGAGCCCAUGAUCUGCCAUACGCUCCCUCUGCCGGAAGGCUUCCAGGUGGUGAAGGUGGGGGCCAACGGCGAGGUGGAGACCCUGGAGCAGGGGGAGCUUCAGCCUCAGGAGGACCCCAACUGGCAAAAAGAUCCAGACUAUCAGCCCCCCGCCAAAAAGACAAAGAAAACCAAAAAAAGCAAACUCCGCUACACCGAGGAGGGCAAGGACGUGGAUGUGUCGGUGUACGAUUUUGAAGAGGAGCAGCAGGAGGGCCUGCUUUCCGAUGUCAACGCGGAGAAAGUGGUGGGCAACAUGAAGCCCCCCAAGCCAACGAAAAUUAAAAAGAAAGGGGUGAAGAAAACAUUCCAGUGUGAACUGUGCAGUUACACCUGCCCCCGGCGUUCAAACCUGGACCGUCACAUGAAAAGCCACACGGACGAGAGGCCACACAAGUGCCACCUUUGCGGCAGAGCUUUCCGAACAGUCACACUGCUGAGAAAUCACCUCAAUACUCACACAGGUACUCGUCCUCACAAGUGCCCCGACUGCGACAUGGCCUUUGUGACAAGCGGAGAGUUGGUUCGACAUCGCCGCUAUAAACAUACCCACGAGAAGCCAUUCAAGUGUUCCAUGUGUGACUACGCCAGUGUGGAGGUUAGCAAGUUGAAACGCCACAUUCGUUCACACACCGGGGAACGCCCAUUCCAGUGCAGCUUGUGCAGCUACGCCAGUAGAGACACUUACAAACUGAAGAGGCACAUGAGGACCCAUUCUGGUGAGAAGCCCUACGAGUGUUACAUUUGCCACGCUCGCUUCACCCAGAGUGGGACCAUGAAGAUGCACAUCCUGCAGAAGCACACGGAAAACGUGGCCAAGUUCCACUGCCCCCACUGUGACACGGUGAUUGCACGAAAGAGCGAUUUAGGUGUCCAUUUGCGGAAGCAGCAUUCCUACAUUGAGCAGGGCAAGAAGUGCCGCUACUGUGACGCCGUGUUCCACGAGCGAUACGCACUCAUCCAGCACCAGAAGUCUCACAAAAACGAGAAGCGCUUCAAAUGUGACCAAUGCGACUAUGCAUGCCGACAGGAACGGCACAUGAUCAUGCACAAGCGAACCCACACUGGAGAAAAGCCUUACGCCUGUAGCCAUUGCGACAAAACCUUCCGCCAGAAGCAGCUGCUUGACAUGCACUUCAAGCGCUACCACGAUCCCAACUUUGUCCCGGCUGCCUUCGUCUGCUCUAAGUGUGGCAAAACGUUCACACGCCGUAACACAAUGGCCAGACAUGCAGAUAAUUGUCUAGGCCCCGAUGGGGUUGAAGGAGAGAACGGAGGGGAGCCCAAGAAGGGGAAACGUGGGCGAAAGAGAAAGAUGCGCUCCAAGAAAGAGGAUUCUUCUGACAGUGAGGAAAAUGCUGAACCAGAAUUGGAUGACAACGAGGAGGAGGAAGAAACAGCGGUUGAAAUUGAGGCUGAGCCAGAAGUGGAGCCCGUGGCCCCAACUCCUCCACCGGCCAAGAAGCGGAGAGGACGUCCACCAGGCAAAGCCAAUCAACCCAAACAGCCCCAGCCCACAGCAAUCAUUCAGGUGAAAGACCAGAACACUGGUGCAAUUGAAAACAUUAUUGUGGAAGUGAAGAAGAAGCCCGAAACAGAGACUGUCGUGGCCACUCCAGGAACUCAGCCAGCCGCAGUGGAAGCGCCCAAUGGAGACCUCACCCCAGAGAUGAUCCUUAGCAUGAUGGACCGGUGAUGGAGGAAGGGUUUAACGCUCUUAACUGAACUGGCUUGGGCUCUUUUGAACUGGCUCAAUCCAUUUUAUUUUAUUUUAUUUUAUUUCCUUCUUACCUUAUUUUCGGCUUUUGGAAAUGCAUCAUAUAUAUAUUUUUUUUUAAAGACCAUUUUACCAAACAACCUGGGAAACAAAACUUCAAAUGAUGAUAGGAUGUGAUUUGCCUAGAACAUUCUCUCUCUGUGUCUCUUUCUCUCUCUCCCCCCUCCCCUCCCCCCCUCUGGGUUUAAUGUUAACCUAACCGGAUCAUGCAACAUGGGGUGAUUUUAAUUUUAAUUUUUUUAAUUUUCUGGUUGAUUUUCUGAGUUCCUAAGGGUGUUUUGCAAAUCACUCAAUCCAGUUAACUGUUAGUGCCAGGCCGUGGUUGGCCUUCUCUGUCUGGAGCUUAUCCAGGCUGUUCUGGAGCUGUUUAUGCAUUUCUAGAAGCCCCUGGCUUCCUUUUUUUUUCCCCCUCUGUCUAGAGAUUUUUAAUUGUAAAUUUGGACUCAGGAGGGUUGUAAAGCUCAUAUUGCAUUUUAGUUUUGCUUUUUCUUAUCUGAUCCCGCUCUCCCUCCCCCCCCCCCCCCCGCGUGCCAUGUCAGCACUGUAGGUUCAGCAUGCUUCACCCCCAUCUCUCUCAGAUGCUUUGCUUUCUGUAGGGCAUCUUUGUAAUGAUCAAGCUUGUAAAUAACUUUUUUUUUUUACAUUUUAAUCUUUUUUUCCAUUUAAGAGGUUUUUGGGGUGGGGUGGGGCUUAUAGUUUAAAAGGAAAACCCUGUCAUUUUUAACUAUUGCAACGAGGAAUUAUGCAGGAAUUGGUACCGAAUAAAAUACUGGAACCUAUCAAGUCAGUGGGAGAGUGCAAGCUGGGGUGAAGAGUGGGAGACACCCACAUCCCAGCUCAGUUUAUAAAUACAUGAACUUGGUCUCAAAGCGUGUGUGUCCCUUCAAAAACACCCUCUUGAGUUUCAAGUUGUCACAACUGUUUUCUUUGCUCUCUUUUCUUCUCUCUCACUCUCUUUUUUUUUUUUUUUGGGUGUGUGUGUGUGUGUGUGUGUGUGUGUGUGCGUGUUUAUAAAUUCUGUGUUAAAAGCCAAGGUGUUAAUUUGUAAUAGGGCUUCCCAGCCCGCGAAAACCUAGGGCAGGAAAUUUUACUAGGUCAGUGAUCAUAAAAUUUGGGGUCUAAUUAAAAUUUAAAAAAGAAAUAAAUGAAUAAUGUGAAAUUUAAAAAAAAAGGAUGCCUGUAUAUCAAAACCAUCACAUGUUAAAACGUGUAAAGCUUUUUUUAGAGCCUCAGUCUUGCUGAUUUCAGAACCAAGAACUUUUUGUUCUAUGUAUCGCUUUUAAGAGAGCUAUCAGGUUAGCUAUCCAAUUCUAGGUUGAUGCAUUUUUGUACUUAGCUGUACUGUGUGAUAUUUUUCAUUAUUUUAGGAAACCAACAUGAAAUAAAACAUCAUAAGACGUAUAACGGGGUUUGGACUAUGGGAAGGAGAAUAUACUGCUGUACAGCUAAUAAAUAAUAAUGAUUAUCCAC